AUGAAAAAAGUCAAGACUAAUUAUGGGUACACCCCAAAGAACGAAGACAAAGCAGUCAAGGCAGCCAUAAAGGACGCAAAGAUUAGCUUCAAGAACACUCACCAAACAGUCACCAUUCUCCGAGGAAUGUGGCUUGUGUCAGCCAUAAAGUAUUUAGAAGAUGUUCUUGCCCAUAAAAGAUGCAUUCCUAUGAAGAGAUUUAACGGGGGUGUCCCAAGAGUCUCCCAAGCCAAGGAGUUUGGAGCCCUCCAGGGAAGAUGGCCAGAGAAGAGUGUCAUCCAGGCAAAGACCAUGCUUAAGAACAUGCAGAAUAUUGCAACAGAAAAGGGCCUGGAUAUUUCCAAGAUGAAGAUUAUGCACGCACACGUCAAUAGAGCCCCAAUUAUCCACAACAGAACAUACAGGGCACACGGAAGAGUCACUGCAUGGAACAAGUCACCAUGCCACAUUCAGCUCAUUGCAGAGGAGCAGCUUGGUGAAAUCCCAGCAGAGACAGCUGUCAAGACAAUUGCAGAGAAGAGAGCACAGAGGAAGUUCGUGACUCUGGCAGUGAAGGGAUUCUUAAGAGGCCCACACAGAAAGCAGAUGAUGCGAGAGUAA